AUGUGCGGUCGUGAGCUCCCGCUCGUCCUGCUGGCGCUGGUCCUCAGCCGCGCGCCCCGGGGACAGACGGCACCCGCGCCGAUGGUCGGAGACCCAGUGCUGGCAAAGAUGUACCCGCGCGGCAACCACUGGGCGGUAGGGCACUUAAUGGGGAAAAAGAGCACAGAAGGGUCCCCAUAUGUCGAUGAGGCAGGGAACCCAGAGCAGCAGCUCAGGGAACACCUGAAGUGGAACGAAGCCACGCGAAGUUUGCUGGGCCUCCUAGAAGCGAAGGGAAACAGAAUUGGUCAGUCAUCUCCACAGCAGCUCCUGAACCAUCGCCAGCCCAUCUGGAAGCCAGAGUCCGUCUGGAAGCCAGAGACCAUCUGGAAGCCAGAGACCAGUAGCAACUUGAAGGAUGUGGAGGCGGCAUCUUCAGCCAGCAGAGGGCAGAGCUGGGCGCUAAGAGCUGACGACCCCGACGACGCACGGAAAAUUCGGAUGUGGGCUGAGGGCGUAGCGCGGGGUCCCAGGACUCAGCAAGGGGUGCCCGGGAAAGGAACGUCUGCGCUGGAGAGAAAUUGGGCGGUUAGCACGGUCUGCAAACGUCAGGGCCCGUGCACGCACGAGAAGACUGGUCCACAAAGGAAAUCCACGAGCAGUGAAAAAUCCCAUAAUGGCGGGGUGGCUGUUGGCGAGAGCACUGCUCUGGAGCGUGGCAGUGAUGGGUUCCCCGCGACACCUCUGACUGUGGGCGUCCACCCGGCUGCGCCUGGCUCGGUACUCCUGUGGGCCAAUCUGAAGGGUCCUACCUGGCUCCGCCCCUGA